UACCUGACGAGAGAGGGCAGCAAACCCACUCUGAUUUCUGAACCUUGCAAAUUGUUCAAGUUAUUGUUCUGUGCACACUGUGAUUGCGUGUAAAGCCACCAAUUAAUUAACGCAAUAUUUAACAAUGAGUGACGGAGACCGAGGGAAUGGACAAGAAAGGGGAAAAGAGCCUGCUGUUCAUUCUGCCAACAAGUGGGAAUCCGCAAACUUUGGAGACGAUGAUCAGAAGCAAAAAUUCCUACGACUCAUGGGUGGAAUGAAGAAGCAACACACUGGUCGCUUCGUUAUCGGAGACUCUACCCAGGAGAAAACACACUCAAGAACAGAGGAUGAAACUAAGAAAAUAGAAGAGACUCUCCAAUCUCAGUAUAAGGUGGGUCUCCAGGCUAAGAUUUCCGGUCAGAACAAACGCCACGUUGGGCUCGGAUUCGCUGAACCAGAGCCGACCAAAGAGGAGAAACCAAAAGGGAUGCAUAAACGGUUCAGUGACUCUGGUGAGGAAUCGGAUGAAGACCAAGACAAGAAAGAGGAUUCUAAGGAGGAGAAAAGAUCAGAGGAUAAACAAGACCGAGAGAGAAAGGAGUAUCGCGACGAGCGGAGAAGAGACGAGCGAAGAAGAGAUGACCGUGCUAGAGAAAGAUCAAGCGAUGAGGGGAGUAGCUCUAGGGAGAAACAUCGCAGUCAUAGACACAGAGAUAGAGACGAGAAAUCCAGUUCAAGAGAGGACGACAAGAAAUGCUAUAGAGAUGAUGAAUCAAGAGAAACCAAGGAGCGAAGAAAACACCGGCAAGAAGAAGAGUCAGAGGAAAUGUCCGAGCGUAAAAGAAAGAAGCAUAAAGACAACAGGCACAGCAGCGAUUCGGACUAGUUGUUUUUGUUUUAUAACCUUCUCUCGCUCGUAGAUAUGUUUUUACAAAAAACCAUUCUAGAGCUUCUCGUGUACUGCUUUAAAGUCAACAAGUGUUUAAAACUAGCCUUGAGCCUUAGUAAAGAUUAGCUAAAAGAGAACCAAGCCCAAAGGAAUAAUGUCAUGUACAGUAACAUGUUCAGUAGAUUGCAUGUUUAUAUCAACUAAAAUGGUUCAGUUAAAAUAAGUUGAAAAGUAAGUUGCACAACAAAUAU